GGAUCUCCGGUAAUCUUCUCCGUUAGCUCCAGCUCCGGGUACCCAGCUUGGGGCACGGGCGGAGCUUAGUUACAUCACCGCUGCUGUUCCCAGGACCCAGCAGAGAGCAGCAGCAGUGACAUCACUAAGCUCUGCCCAUGCCUUAAGCCCUGCUGCUCCUUGCUGGGUCCUGGGUCCUGAGAACAGCAGCGAUGAUGUAACUAAGCUCCGCCCAUGCCCCAAGCUCGCUUUGCCAAGCUGGAGCUAAUGAGGAGAUUACCAGAGAUCCCCUGCACAGAACGGGACAAGAUUGUAGGAACCGGCCUCUUUCUCCCUUGCGAAGUUUGCCAAUGUCUGCAGUAAAGUUUUCUCAGAGGAAUCACUAUCGUCCCACUUGCCAGGAGAAAAGGCUACUUAAAAAAUUUGGACGGUGAUGGAAAGGGCAGCGCGGACAACACACAAAUGUUAGCCAAGCAGUGGCUGGUGGAGGCUUCAGAAUUCUUCAAUCCUUCUUCAAGUUGAAAAGCAAAAUCCUUUCCACGAAUACACACAGGAAAAAUACCGUAAGGGACCACACAGUCACCCUAGGCAGGUAGUAUUUGCCCGCAUCCGAUUUUCAGAUGUUGAAAUCGAAGAUGUUCAAACAGGGUCAGUCUGAUUAUAAACUAUCAGCCGUGGUUCCCAUCAAAGAGACCGUCCCGGAAAAGAAAGAUGUGGAACUCAUUCUUGUCAAGGAACAGAAUGGAGUCCAGUACACCAACAACACGAUUAUUGCCCCAAACACCUCCCUGAAAUACGAGGCGCCCGUCCAGGAAGAGCCAGAACGAGAGCACUGGGGCAAGAAAAUAGACUUUCUUCUGUCGGUGGUUGGAUUUUCUGUGGAUCUGGCCAAUGUCUGGAGGUUCCCCUACCUUUGCUAUAAGAACGGAGGAGGUGCUUUUCUAAUCCCAUACACACUAUUCUUAAUCAUUGCCGGAAUGCCACUGUUCUACAUGGAAUUAGCUCUUGGACAAUAUAACAGAGAAGGCGCUGCCACAGUUUGGAAGAUUUGCCCCUGUUUCAAAGGUGUGGGCUACACUGUGAUAUUAAUAGCCCUCUAUGUAGGAUUCUACUACAAUGUCAUCAUUGCAUGGUCAUUAUAUUACCUGGUAUCUUCCUUCACCUCUGAGCUUCCUUGGACCAAAUGCGGGAAUGAAUGGAACACUGCUAAUUGUACAGACCCAAAUCGUUUCAACCUAUCUCUAACUAAUGGAACUACAUAUGCAAAAUAUAAACUAACACCAGCUGCCGAGUUUUAUGAGCGAGCAGUGCUACAUCUACAUCAAAGUGCUGGAAUUCAUGACCUUGGACAACCACGAUGGCAGCUAACUAUUUGCCUGUUUGCUGUACUUAUAGUACUUUUUUUCAGCCUUUGGAAAGGAGUGAAGACAUCGGGCAAAGUAGUAUGGAUAACAGCAACACUCCCAUAUGUGGUGCUAUUUGUACUCCUCAUACGUGGAGUAACCCUGCCUGGCUCUUUCAAAGGCAUUAGUUCAUACCUCCAUAUAGACUUCAAAAGACUAAAAGAAUCGACGGUAUGGAUAGAUGCUGCAACACAAAUAUUUUACUCCCUUGGAGCAGGAUUUGGAGUUCUCAUUGCAUUUGCUAGCUAUAACAAAUUUGAUAACAACUGUUACAGGGAUGCUCUACUCACAAGCACUGUGAACUGUGUGACAAGUUUCAUUUCUGGGUUUGCUAUCUUCUCAAUACUGGGUUAUAUGGCUCAAAAAAACAAUGUUAAGAUUGAAGAUGUAGCUACAGAAGGACCUGGACUUGUAUUUAUUAUAUAUCCAGAAGCUAUUUCUACCCUUCGAGGAUCAACAGUUUGGGCUGUAGUAUUUUUCAUUAUGUUGAUUACACUUGGCAUUGACAGUGCUAUGGGCGGGAUGGAGGCAGUGAUCACUGGUUUAGCAGAUGAUAUUGCUAUUUUCAAGAAACAUCGGAAACUCUUUACUUUUCUUGUUUCUGUUAUUACAUUCCUCUUUGCUUUGCUGUGUAUAACUAAUGGUGGGAUCUAUGUAGUCACUCUCCUGGAUACAUUUGCUGCAGGGACAUCUAUUUUGUUUGCAGUUUUAAUAGAGGCCAUUGGAGUCUCAUGGUUUUAUGGUGUGGACCGAUUUAGUGAUGACAUUUACAGGAUGCUUGGUUUUAAGCCUGGUCUUUACUGGAGGUUAUGCUGGAAAUUUGUCAGUCCUGCCUUUCUUCUGUUUGUCGUGAUUGCUAGUAUUGUGACCUAUAACCCCUUGGAAUAUGAUGACUACCAUUUCCCCCCAUGGGCUAAUCGGACUGGAUGGGCCAUUGCACUGUCAUCUAUGAUGCUAGUGCCUCUCUAUUUUAUAUACAAAUUUGUGACAGUGAAUGGGUCUUUUAAAAAGAGACUUGCAUACUGUAUCACUCCAGAAAGUGAAUAUCAUCUUGUUGCUCAAGGAGACAUCAGGCAGUUUAAGCUCCAACACUGGCUAACUAUAGGAUAGAACACGGAUGAUGGAGACUGAGGCUACUCUGGGACAACUGCCGCUGGGUUAUCCAAAUUUCAAUCCAAAACAGCCUAAGAAAAGCAGACUACUUCCCAUAUGUCUUCAAUUCCAACUUUCAUUACUUUUUUUAUUGCAUAAUGUUUAUUCGCCAAUUAAAUGUUACUGAUAUGGUAACGUGUUUGCUGGGAUGGGUGAAAAGUUGUUCUAAAAAUAAAAUGUGCAGGUGUUUCAUUAACCUUCACAUAAAAAGACAGAAAAAAAACUACCUCUGUGUGUUGUCUGUUUGGGAAUGGUUGAUGCAAGAUUGACAUCCCAUAAACAAUAUAAAAAUGACAAUGGAUCUGUCUCCAGAAUAAGGAUAGGACCAUGUUACUAAUAACCAACGUGACACAAGAAAAUAUUGUUCCAUUUGGCCAACCACAUCAAAUAAGGAAUACAUCAGAUUGAUAAAGGGGAGUGCAUUAUGGGAGGGGCAACUACUCCACUUUAUCUUUACAUUUCUUUUAAUAAAGUACACCCAAAAUAAAUAUAUAAAGCUUUUUUUGUGAAAAUAUAUAUAUAUAUUUUUUACGUGAUUUGUUUUUUGUACCUCAUGUUUUAUGCAACAGUUAUGUCUUAUGAGCUAACAUAGUACAACAAGCCAUUAAUUUAUAUUGAUAAACAGCUAAUGCUCAAUUAUCUAUACAUAUAUAAUCAACUCUAGUUAUGAUCUGUAUAAGAACAGACCAUUUUGCAUGACUUUUCAGUAAACAAAAGUGAGUACUUAGUAGACAAUACUGAACAUGCAAUAAUGAUAAAGAGUAAUAGGCAAAGGUUACAAAUAAGAGAACAAUAUUUUGCAGGGAAUUCUGCCUGUACACUACAUACAGUGGAGGAUAUGUAUUAAAGGGAACCUGUCGAGCAGAUUUAGGCCUCUGCACUGCAAUCAAACUGUUACAAAAGAUAUAUGCACUUUUAUAUUGUAGCAUCAACCUGUUGUAACAGUGUGUAUAGCAAUGCAAAGAAUUUAAAUGGACUGUUUUCAUGGUUCUUUUUCUACAUUAUGCUUCAUUACCCAGAAUACAAAGCACAUUAAUACCAAUUUCUUACUGCCCUGGAGACCAUAUUGUUAGUGGGUUGGGCACCUUGUGAUUAGUUCCCAUUUAAAUUGAUCUAAAAUAAAUAUGCUUGAUUUCUAUAGGCAACUGCUCCACUUUUUUUUAUUUGCACAAUGUUUAAUGCAUAUUCUGGCAAGUUUCUUGAACUUUUAGAGAUGUAAACAUCUGACCCCAGGCUAUGUUCAUAACUUGUUCAUAGUGUAUGUUCAGUGCAUGCACACUUGUGGUACAUACUCUGGACAUAUCCAUAGAGUCCUAUAGAUAUUAUGGAUGAUCUGUCUUUAUACCUUUUUUUAUACCUUUUGGAAAGCGUAGGCUGCUUCACUUUCCUAUUUAUUAGGGAAAAAUAAGGAAAAGUCCGCUCACCUCUCCAUGCGAGUUGUAGCUGCCAUGAUUCCUGAUUGCUCCAGGUGCUGUCAGGGCAUUGCUGCUGUGGACAAGGUACAUAGUAGAAAGGAGUAACUGACUUGGAGUGAAGAUCC